UAUUCCAUCACCAAAUAAUCUCAAAUAAAGCUCACCAUAUCUAGAGUAGAGCCCCCCAUUCACCCAAGUGUGCACAUCCAUGAAUUUCUCUAAGCCCACAGCAUGUGAAGCCUAUAUGGAACUUGCGCCAGGGUACAAGUUUAAACCUACUGAAGAGGAGAUCGUGAUGCGCUACCUUCGUCCUCGUGCUGUGAAUGAACCACUCCCCUCAACGUUCAUUGUUGAUGUGGAUAUCCGAAGCUGCAACCCUUGGGACCUAGUACCAGAGGGAUCUGUGGAGAAAUACUUCUUUUGUCAAAGAGUAAAAAGAUGGCCACAUGGAAAACGGUACAAUCGUGCAGCAGGUGAUGGACACUGGAGGGCAUCGGGUAAGGACAUGCCCAUCUUUAGCAAUAUCAUCAAUGGUGGAAUGCCUUUGAUGGUUGGGCUAAAGAAAACACUGGUGUUCUACCUUGGCAAGGCAGCAGUUGGUGAGAACACUGAAUGGGUCAUGCAAGAAUAUAGCCUUGUUCAAGCUGGCCUCACACCCUAUCCAGUGAUUAGUCCUAAUGGAACCAACAACCUAGGAGAACAAAGCCGUGAUUUAGUGGCAAUCACAAAGGAAAAGGUUAAUCUCUCUGAAGCUCUCUCCAAUACUACUACAGCAAGUGUGCCCAAGGUUGUUCCUGUCAUGAUUAGUCCAGAUGACUCCUGGGUUGUCUGUUGCAUCUACAAGAAGAAGAAGAAGCGCGCACCACGUGCCAUUGCCCAGCGUUACAACAUUGCAGAUGGAGGGCAAGUCCACUUCUUCAACUUCCUUGGGCAGGGUAAUUCAGAGGGAAAUUCUAGCUCAGGUAGCCUCACCGACCUACCAAUAGAGAAGGCAAAGGAUAAUAAUGAGGGUACGAGCGGAACCAACGACAAAGCUGAUACGAAUGAGGCAGGGAAGUAAUUUAUGUGGCAGAAAUAGUGCUGUAGAGUGGGCAAUGGCAUUAUGAAUAAGGUGCUGGAGUUAAACUUUAAGAGAUUACCACCAGUAGAGUUUCGUUCAGUUAUGUUUAUUUCAAGUAAUAAUAUGUAGACUUUGGUCUAUACAGUCUCAAAUGUUGUAUGCCACUAAGAUAUUACAACAUAUUAUGAGGCUGUGGUUUUUGUUAUUGGAAAUACUUUGUUUAGUA